AUGACAACUCAAGCUCAAAUCAACAUUGCCAAUGACAGCAAGUCCGCUCCUACUGCGGCAAACACUCUUGCAGGUUUGAAAGCAACUCCAGGCUGUAGAGCACUUUUGGACGCCUGUACAGCUAGAAAAGACUACACAAUCCGUCUCGGUAGUGAAUUACAUGGAGUGCAGCUCAAGAACUUGAACGACCAGCAAUUGGAAGAUCUAGCUCGAUUCGUUGCUGAUCGUGGUGUCGUGUUCUUCAGAGAUCAAGAGCUGACUGAGCAAGAACAUCUGGCUUUUGGUAGUAGAUUGGGUCCUUUACAUGUUCACCCUCUGAACUAUGGGAAAAAAGAUACUCAUCCUGCUGUCGUGCCGAUCGUCAGUAAUGAGAAUUCAAAGAAUGUUGCCGGGGAGGUUUGGCACAGCGACGUAAGCAGUGAGCCAGCACCACCAGCAUACUCCAUCUUGUAUAUGGAGAAGGUCCCACCGGCUGGCGGCGACACUUGUUUUGCCAGUGCUUAUGCAGCAUAUGAAAAGCUCUCUGAUACUAUGCAAAAUAUCUUGGAGGACAAAUACGCAAUCCACACCAAUGCAGUAGCACACGCAUCGAUUGCUAAAUUGUCAGGGGCUAACGUGCAACGGGAAUUUGAGUACUCUCGACAUCCCAUUGUGAGGACACACGCAGUCAGUGGUCUGAAGGCCUUGUUUGUAAACCAAGGUUUCACAACCAGUAUUGUGGGACUUCACAAGGAAGAGUCAACAGCAAUAUUAAACCACCUCUUUGACGUCAUCUCCAAAGGCGCUGAUAUCCAAAUCCGAUUCAAGUGGGAGGCAAACAGCGUGGCAAUAUGGGACAACCGUGCAGUCCAACAUCAAGCUGUCUGGGACUACUACCCACAUGCUCGAAAGGGGAGACGGGUCACAGUUGUUGGUGAGAAGCCCAUUCACGAUGUGAAUGGGCUCAAGCAAUCCGAAGCUCUUGGUGGUCUUCAGCCUCCACCGAUUUGGUCUCGUCAUCUCAAGUUGUAA